CCGCGGGACCCCCCCGAGAGCAACGAUCCUCGAUCCGCUUCGCUCCCUGGAUCGAUCAAAAUCCCAUAUCCACGAAUCCCUCGCGUUUCCCCCAGCACGUCUCCUCGUCCCCAAGCUUUCCCCUGCAACUCCCAGGUCGUUGAUUUGCUUGAGCCAAAGCUUAUUCUGAACUAGUAGCAGCAGAUGGUCAAGAAAAAGCAAAAACAGCAAGCCAUGGAACACGGCAAUGACUAUGAUUCUACCUGUGAGGUGGAUCCCUACGAAGAUACGAGUUGGGUGAUUGUGAAAAAACAGAGGAUCACUAUUUUGGUGCCGCCUUUACCUGUUGCAGAAAAAUCUGCAGUAUCAAAGCCAUCCUCGAGCCAGGUGCAAGACAUACCCAGGGAACAUGUGCCUGAGAAAUCGCAACUUCCAGCUGAGGGGAGUCCUGUAAUGCUGUCCGUCAGUGAAUAUGAGAAGACAACAUCAUUGCCACUCGAGAAUGACAUAUUCAGGGAGGUUUCUUCUCCACACCCGUCAGACCUACCUAGAAUCUUGGGAAUGGAUUCCAGAACACGGUCCAAGAACCCUGCCAAAGUUUCUGGUCAGAAGUUACAUGAAGUAGUGAAAACAUCAAAUACCUCAAAAAGUAUCUACCGGGAGAGAAUGUUGAAUGGUCCCUGUUACUUCUCCAGCGGGGUGACUAUCCUUCAUCAACAGCUCAAAGCACGAAAUCUUGAGAAGAAACUUCAGAAGGCUGGUGGACUGAGCAGCUGGCUGAUGUCACUGGGGCUUGGGCAAUUUGUGAGGAUCUUCCGGUGUAGGCGUGUCAAUGAGUUUCAGCUGGCCAACAUGACAAUGAAGAAGCUCAAAGAUAUGGGUGCUGCUGCCGUGGGGCCUCGUAGGAAAUUGAUGCACGCCAUCGACUGCGUCUGCGAUCCUUAUCAUCGAAGACUCGAAGUGCCUCCUAGGAUCUGCUAAGCGUUUGAGCUAUUCGAAAAGAUACUUGAUCCAGUAACUGGAGCUAAGGCCAACUCCUUGUGAAUCAGAAGCAUGUGGACACCAGGACAAGAAAAGCAUCUGGCGGCUUUAAAGGGUGUCCCCGCCCGCGAACUUAAGCUGCUGGUAUCUUCAUCCUCGCUCUUGUACUAAGAGAAACGAACUCGGUUGCUCCCUGUAAUUAAUUUUCUCUUGUUUCUUCCCCUUUUUAGGCCUGAUCAAACCCAUUCGACCAAUGCCACUAGUUCUACCCAAUUGAAAGAGAUUGUGUGCC